AUGGCGGCGUCACACUCCGUGACAAAACGCUCAGGGAUAUCAAGCUGGCUGUUUGUGCCAAAGCGGAGGGUGCCUUCUAAGAAGUCAGAGACCUCCGAUGAGCCUCUGCUGACCAUCUUACUUUGGACGUGGCCAUUAGGAUACCAGUUUCCUCUAAAUAGAUGUCCAAACUCUGAAAGCUCCGGCUGUUUCUACACUGUGAACCGCACCUCAUACUCUAUGGCAGACGCUGUUGUUAUCAGUCAUAGGGAUGUACAAAAGUCAGAAGAGCUUUUACCUCCAGCACUGAGGCCACCUCACCAAUACUGGAUCUGGUUCAGCAUAGAGUCUCCGACCAACUGUGCAAAUUUAACCUUCAUGGACAAGAACAUUAACCUCACAAUGUCUUACCGUCUCGAUUCGGAUAUAUUUACCCCAUAUGGCUGGCUAGAAAACAUUGACAGCAAAGAAAAUUUUACUAUCCCGAAAAAGUCAAAGCUGGUGGCAUGGACAGUAAGCAACUGGAAGCCGAAGUACAGACGAACCAAAUAUUACGAGGAGUUAAAGAAAUACAUUCCAGUCGACGUCUAUGGAAAACAUGCUAUGACUCUGCCGCGAGAAGAGAUGCUGCAAACUCUGGCCACGUAUAAGUUCUACCUCGCCUUCGAGAAUUCCAUACAUGAGGAUUACAUCACGGAGAAGUUCUGGAGAAGUUCACUAAUAGCGGGAACUGUGCCCAUCGGCAUGGGUCCUCCACGUAAAAACUACGAGCGUUUCGUUCCACCCGACGCUUUCAUUCACGUUGAUGACUUUGCGUCUCCCCAGGAACUGGCUGAACAUCUUCUGAGUCUGGAUAAAGAUGAGGAAAGAUACCGACAGUAUUUUAACUGGAGGGCCAGAUAUCAGCCGACAAGAUCCCCUAGCAGUUUUCUAGCAGCGUACUGCAAAAUAUGCAAAGUAUUGAAAAAGACCCCUUCUUAUAGGACCAUACCGAGCAUUGCUGAAUGGUUCAAGUGA